GACGGUGUUGAGUGUGAGUUGUGACACUUGCUCUCGACUCGCUCGAGAGAAGAGUUCGUACUGUACGAAAUUAUACUUUGCGCGUAGCUGUUCGAUAGAUUUCAAUUUCGGCUGCGUUUAUUACAAAAAAGUAAUAAACAAAAUUAUGUUUUGCAUACUCAGGUAAAGGCAUUUUAUGUUUUGUUUAUUUUUGAAUCAUUACGACGCCUCAUUAGAACGGAGCUAUUGUAACAAACAAGGACAUUACAAUGAUCGUUAACAAUAGAAGAGAAAUAAAAUAGCUUUAUUGUGGCCAAGAAUUCAUAAGUAAAUAGUGUUAAUAAGUGCUAUAAGCAUGGACGUAGAAGAGACCGGAUCGAUAAACAAUGAGCCCGUCGACACGAUUGAGAACGAAAAUGAAGAAGAAAUUAUUGAUGACUCAGAGGAGCGCGAGCUGGUGACAGACUCUUGCUCAACAAAGGUGCUGGACACCUCGGAGCAGCCUCGCGACAACUAUUGGGUUGUUUAUUUACUUUUUUAUUUAUUUGGAAUUACAUCACUUGUGUCAUGGAAUUUCCUGAUUACUGCAAAUGAUUACUGGAUGUAUAAAUUUCGAGAUGUGUCUCCUGUUAAUUCCACCCAGUUGGAAUUACCACCAGUGCGAAAAACUCCGUUUCAAGCAGAGUUUACAUCCUACCUCAAUGUGGCAGCUUCUAUUCCUAAUUUAAUAUUCCUUGUAUUAAACUCACUUUAUGGGCAUUUAGUAUCAGUGAAGAGCAGACUACAAGGAUCCCUCUUGAUGAUCACACUGUCAUUCCUGGUGACCACCGCUUUUGUGCAGAUUGACACUGACGAAUGGCAGAACACAUUCUUUAUUGUCACAAUGGUGACUGUAGUUGUCAUGAGUGCUGCCAGUGCCAUAUUCAUCGGCGGGCUCGUGGGCAUCGCGAGCCGCUUCUCAAAAGAGUACAUGGCCGCCGUGGUCAGCGGCCAGUCCCUCGGCGGGAUCAUUGCCGCCAUCGCGCAAAUCAUAUCCCUCGCAUUCAAAAUAUCCCCCUUACACAGCGCCCUUAUAUACUUCAUCAUAGCAGACUUAAUGCUGGUUGCAUCUUUAAUCUCCUAUAUAAUGUUGUACAAGAUUGACUUCUUUACACACCACAUUUUGAGGGGCUCUGGUAUGGUUGCUAACAGGCACAGAGAAGUGUCAAUGGUAGUUGUCAUGAAGAAGAUCUGGGUUUAUGCGUUUAGCAUUUUUGCGAUUUUUGCGAUCAGCAUGGCCGUGUAUCCUGCUGUGACUGUGUUGGUUGAGUCACAUCCUACGACUCAAGGAACAGAUUGGAACAAAAUAUACUUCGUGCCGGUAGUGAAUUAUCUAAUCUUUAAUUGUGGAGAUUAUUCCGGGCGUUUGGUUGCUGGAUUUCUACUUCGUCCUCUGAACCAAUGGAUAAUAGCAGCCGCUAGCCUACUGCGUAUCAUCGGAGUCCCAAUGCUGAUGCUAUGCAACGCGCAGCCGCGACCGCACCAUCUGCCGGUCAUCUUCGAGUGGGACUACGAAUACAUCAUGAUCAUGAUUGUGUUCGCUUUCAGCAACGGCUAUCUGACCAACAUAGUUAUGAUCAAUUCUACCAGAGUGGUAGAGCUGCACGAGCGAGAGAAGGCGACGUCCGUGAUAGCCACGAUGCUGAGCAUCGGGCUAACGGUGGGGGCUGCUGUCGGAAUGCUGUUGGUUCACUUAUUAUAAACUGCUCGCCGAUAUAAUAUUAUAUACAAUAUGUAUAAUAAAAGGCCGUGGAUUCCUGAGGUACCGCAAGGCCUUUGCGCGGGCAAUCAUCAAACCUUAAGGGAUAAGAUUUGUUAAAAUAGAUGGGGCAACAGCAACAUAGUAUAUAUUGUGGAAGGAUUAAAAAAGGAGAAACUGCUCAUCACCGAAAGAAAAUUUUAGCUAAAAUUUGCUCCUUAUAUUUAGGAAAUACCAAUUGAUAACACCUCAUCUGCCUUGUGAUAAUCCAGUGGGAGUAAAUAUAAAAGCGAGAAAUUAAAAAAAAAAAAUGUUUUGUGGAAGUAACUAAGCGCAUAGCAUAUAAUAUUAUGUUUUACUGAUAAGACAGUCAAAAUGCCCUUGUAGUUGUAGUUUGAUUUACCAAGAGAUUAGGAGCGACAUAUGAAUAAGCUAAUAUUUGACCAGGCAGUCACAAAAAUUACUCAUGAAUAGAUCCCACGAUGAAAAGACACUGACAUAGUCGACCUGAUAUGCUUGCCUUUAUUCGUAAGUUUAAAAUGUACGUUAGCGUUGUCCAAAUACUACAGAUGGUUACCAAAUUUAAAAUACUUGCAUUUACCUAAGUAUAUUUUGUAUUGUUAAUUUGAACGUCAGCAUAUUUACGCGUUAUUUGCUGUUAGUUUGUAUCUGGUAAUUACAUUAGUCGACUAGUAUGUACUUCGAGCCAUACAUACUAAAUUACUUAUUUAGAAAAUGCAAUUUAAAAUUAGUGAAUGUUUGAAUACAAAUUAUUCAAUUGAAUAUUACAUAUUAUUUUAAGUGUGGAUUUCAAUGUAUUUUACUAAUUGACAUUAUUGAUUAAUAUUUUUUAAUAUAUGAUUAAUUAUUACCUUAAGGGCUAACACGUAGUGCCGUUACUCGCGCGAGGAGAAAGGAUCGGCGCGACUGAUGUUUGAUAUACAAAGUCGCGCGAUUCUCGGCAAGCUGUGCUAGCCGUGGUGCUUAUAGAAUUACUUGUUCCUAAAUCAAAAGUUAAGCGGCAUUCCGUUUUUAAGAUUUCACUGCCCUUAUUACUUAUUUAAUGCUCAACUUAAACAUUCCUGCAAUGUUAUAAUUUUAUUAACUUUUUUUUACAAAAUUUAUGUUAACAAUUGCUUAUUUUAACUAGUGAAAAGCUUUUUACGAAGUCGAAUUAUCCUUAGCUCAGGUAAUGUGUAAUAGAUCUCAAGUAGAAUAGGUAUUCAGUUUUAAUUAUGACUUUAUGUAAUUUGUAAAAAUGUAGAUAAUUUAAUUGUAAUAGAUUGCACAGACGUAAUUAUGAUAAUAGAUGUUUUUGGAUAUUCAUAUUGUUAAUUAUUGAAUUAUGUUUGUACCUGAUGUUAGGUAUUAUUUUAAGUUGUGUAUGUUUUUAUAUCACUAAUUUAUCUUUAAUAGGUGCUUCAAGUUUAGAUGUUUCUACUUGUCAUAUAUAGUUUUAUUUUUUUGAUAACUAUUUGACGUUGUACAGUGGAGCCUCGAUAACACGAAUCUUAAGGAAAUUACUAAAUUUUCGUCUUAACACAAAAUUUGGGGCAGGGAAGGGAAUGAAAUUUUAUUACGUUCCAAUGAGGAUUAUCGAGGUUACAUGUAUUUAUGUUGGCAAUGAAAUUUGCAUAAUAUUUUAUAAUUUCAGUAUGGUGUCUUCAGAUUAUCGUGUGGAUGUAUCAUUUAUCUAUGUUAAGUAAAUAUUACCUAAGUAACUUUUCAAUAUAUUUCUUCUAAUAGCUUUUAUUGCGUUAAUUAUGAUCGCCUCAAUGUUAUUGUAGUUUAUUUUUCUAUAUAUUAAACGGCGAUCUAUUAUGUUUCAAUUGACAUUAUAAUUAUACUGUUUAUGUGAUAAA